UAAGAACAGAAGUGCGUAUAUAAAACUAGAUAAGUCUAAUGGAUUCAGCACUAAUUUGCUGAUUGAAAAGAACAGAAGAGCGUAUAAAAGUAGAUAAGUCUAAUGGAUUCAGCACUAAUUUGCUGAUUGAAGCAUCAGUAAAAGACAAAGGGAAAAAAGGAUGGAAAAACUCAAUGCUCCUUCAUCACGAGCUCAAGAAAGCUCCAUAUUUACAAUUCGCAUCAGGAAAAUCCCCUAUCUUGUUUCCCUUAUGAUUCGUGUUGGUAUCACAUGAUUUGCAGCUCCGUAGAGAAAGUUACCGACGCAAAUAUCGGAAUAUCCUGGAGAGUUUGGUGUACGUAGCUUACCCUAUUUCGUCUGACUACAGCUAAAGUGGAGAGCAAUGAUACAAUAAUGAAGAUGGAGAAUUUCUUCUCCCAAGUUGGUGUUUGGAGCUGAAAAUAUUUUACAUCAAAAAUGGCUCAGCUGGUUGGUCCAGAUGAAAUAGAAUCAUUUAGAAUGGAUCUCGCAGAGAUUGGAAGAAGCUUGAGAUCAUCAUUCAGGGGCCAGUCUUCGAGUUUCAGGAGCAAUUCAGCCUUAAGUGCUUCUCAGAAGGACGAUGCUGUAGAUGAGGAGAACAUGUUGGCCUGGGCAGCAAUUGAGAGACUGCCAACAUUUGAUAGGUUGAGAUCAUCUGUCUUUGAAAUCAAUGGCAGCGACGCCAAUGUUAAGAGGAAAAGAGUAACUGAUGUUACCAAACUCGGAGCUCUAGAAAGGCAUGUUUUCAUUGAAAAGAUGAUUAAGCACAUUGAACAUGACAACCUUCAAUUGUUGCACAAAAUCAGAAAGAGAAUUGACAAAGUUGGUGUAGAAUUGCCUACAGUGGAAGUGAGAUAUAAAAAUUUAACCAUUGAAGCAGAAUGUGAGCUAGUUCAUGGAAAGCCUCUCCCUACUCUUUGGAAUUCUCUCAAAAGCAUAACGAUGAACCUUGCUAGGCUUCCAGGUCUACAGUCAGAACUGGCCAAGAUUAAAAUCCUUAAUGAUGUCAGUGGUGUAAUAAAACCUGGACGAAUGACUCUAUUGCUUGGACCUCCUGGAUGCGGCAAAACAUCACUACUGAAAGCACUUUCAGGAAACCUGGACAAAUCUCUUAAGGUUUCUGGGGAGAUUUCUUACAAUGGUUAUAAAUUGNCCCUUAUAUUUUUCUCUGUUACAUCGAAAAAAGAUCAAGCACAGUACUGGCAUGGAACUAAAGAAACGUAUAAAUUUGUAUCAGUUGAUAUGCUAUCCAGAAAAUUUAAGGGAUCUCCUUACAGGAAAAAGCUGAAUGAAGAACUUUCUGUUCCAUAUGAUAACUCCAGGAGUCAUAGAAACUCUAUAACCUUUCGUGACUAUUCACUUCCUAAAUGGGAACUCUUUCGAGCUUGUAUGUCAAGAGAAUUCCUUCUCAUGAAAAGGAAUUCUUUCAUCUACAUAUUCAAAACUGUUCAGCUCGCCAUUAUUGCAUCCAUCACUAUGACUGUAUUUUUUAGAACUCGGAUGGAUACUGAUCUUGUACAUGCAAAUUAUUAUUUGGGAGCUCUGUUUUAUGCUCUCAUCAUUCUUCUUGUGGAUGGAUUCCCUGAGCUGUCCAUGACAAUAACAAGACUUGCAGUUUUCUAUAAACAGAGCGAGUUAUGCUUUUACCCAGCAUGGGCAUAUGCAAUUCCUGCUACAAUUCUCAAGAUUCCUCUUUCUCUAUUAGAAUCUGUCAUUUGGGUAUCUAUGACCUAUUAUGUCAUUGGUUUCACCCCUGAGGCUGGAAGGUUCUUCCGGCAAUUACUUCUAUUAUUUGCCGUGCACAUGACAUCAAUCUCCAUGUUCCGUUUCUUGGCAUCUGUCUGCCGGACUAUCGUUGCUUCUACAGUUGCUGGUAGUUUAUCAAUCUUAUUUGUCUUAUGUUUCAGCGGAUUCAUAAUACCAAGACCUUCAAUGCCCAUUUGGCUGAAAUGGGGAUUCUGGAUUUCUCCGCUGUCAUAUGGUGAGAUAGGUCUUGCUGUUAAUGAAUUUCUUGCGCCAAGAUGGCAAAAGACGCUACCAGCAAACACAAGUAUAGGGAAUGGAGUCCUUGAAAGCCGUGGGUUUAACUUUGAUGGAUAUUUUUAUUGGAUAUCAGUUUGUGCUUUAUUUGGCUUUACAAUACUAUUCAACAUCGGUUUCACCUUGGCCUUAACUUUCUUAAAAGCUCCUGGUUCUCGCGCCAUUAUAUCAACGGAUAAGUACUCCCAAAUAGAAGGAAGUAGCGACUCUUGUGAUAGAACUGAUGCAGCUGAUAGUUCCAAGGCCACAAUUCCUAGCACCACAAUGCAUUCUCAUGAAAGAGCAGGAAGAAUGGUUCUACCUUUCGAACCCCUAUCUCUCGUGUUUCAAGAUGUUCAGUACUAUGUUGACACUCCUGUGACAAUGAAGGAGCUCGGUUUCACUCAAAAUAGGCUCCAACUUCUUUCGGAUAUUACUGGCGCACUUAGACCCGGUAUCCUUACAGCCCUUAUGGGUGUCAGUGGUGCUGGAAAAACGACCCUCCUUGAUGUUCUUGCUGGUAGAAAAACAAGUGGUUAUGUUGAAGGAGAAAUAAAAAUUGGUGGAUAUCCUAAAGUUCAAGAGACAUUCGCUAGAGUUUCAGGUUACUGUGAGCAGACAGAUAUACAUUCUCCUCAGAUAACUGUAGAAGAAUCAGUUAUAUUUUCUGCCUGGCUACGACUUCAUCCUCAGAUUGACUCCAAAACGAAAUAUGAGUUUGUGAAAGAAGUCCUUGAGACCAUUGAGCUAGAUGGAAUAAAAGACAUGUUGGUUGGCAUGCCGGGUGUUAGUGGGCUUUCAACUGAACAACGUAAACGGCUUACAAUUGCUGUGGAGCUUGUUGCAAAUCCCUCAAUUAUCUUCAUGGAUGAACCCACAACAGGGUUGGAUGCAAGAUCAGCUGCAAUUGUCAUGCGCGCUGUGAAAAAUGUUGCUGAUACAGGAAGAACAAUAGUUUGCACCAUCCACCAACCAAGCAUUGACAUAUUUGAAGCAUUUGACGAGCUGAUUCUGUUGAAAACUGGUGGGCGCAUGAUCUACUGGGGACACCUCGGUCGAAAUUCUUGUAAAAUGAUUGAAUAUUUUGAGGGUAUCUCUGGUGUCCCAAAAAUAAAGAACAACUACAACCCAGCAACAUGGAUGCUAGAGGUUACAUCAACAUCUAGCGAAGCUGAGAUUACCAUAGACUUCGCUGAAGUCUAUAAGAAUUCUGCUCUACACAAAAAUAACGAUGAGCUUGUAAAGAAGCUGAGUUUCCCACCAGCUGGUUCAAAGGAUUUGCAUUUCCCCACCCGGUUUUCACAGAAUGGCUGGGGACAAUUCAAGACUUGCUUCUGGAAACAAUACUGGUCCUAUUGGAGGAGUCCUUCAUACAAUUUAAUGCGCUCUCUGCACAUGCUUUUUGCUUCCCUUGUUUUUGGAUUGCUCUUUUGGGAUAAGGGAAAGAAACUAGAUAACCAGCAGAGCGUCUUCAGUGUAUUUGGUGCUAUGUUCACUGCAGUAAUCUUCUGUGGCAUAAAUAAUUCAUCUUCUGUUUUACCAUAUGUGACCACAGAGCGAUCAGUCCUAUACCGGGAAAGAUUUGCUGGGAUGUAUGCAUCAUGGGCUUAUGCAUUAGCACAGGUGGCAAUUGAAAUUCCUUAUCUUUUAGCUCAAGCGCUUGCAUUUACUGUCAUAACAUAUCCGAUGAUUGGAUAUUAUUGGUCAGCCUAUAAGGUUUUCUGGUACUUCUAUUCGAUGUUUUGCACGUUGCUGUACUUCACGUACUUGGGAAUGAUGCUUGUUUCAAUGACGCCCAACUUUCCAGUAGCCGCAAUUCUUCAAUCAUCCUUUUACACAAUGUUCAACCUCUUUGCUGGCUUCUUGAUGCCAAAGGCGCAAAUCCCAAAAUGGUGGAUCUGGUUCUAUUAUCUAACACCUACAUCUUGGACGUUGAAUGGGAUGCUUACUUCACAAUAUGGAGAUGUAGAUACGGAGAUUAAUGUGUUUGGAGAAAAGAAAUCAGUAGCAGCCUUUCUUAGGGACUAUUUUGGUUUUCACCACAAUCAAUUACCUAUUGUAGCUGUUGUUUUGAUUGCAUACCCCCUAGUUUUUGCCAGUCUAUUUGCAUUUUUCAUUGGGAAGUUGAACUUCCAGAGGAGGUGAUAUUGCAAUUUAUUCAUUGUUUGUUUCAAAUUAAAUAGUUUCCAUGUUACUUUUGUAUAUUAGACUGGGGGAAAAUAAGGUUAUGGUAUAUUCAUAAUACCAGGGAGAGAAGUAUGGGAUCUGAUAAGAUGCAUGAAUUUCUAAUCUGUCUUUUCUAA